UUGUGGAGCAGCGAACUAGUUCGCGACAGCAUGCGCAGGUGUUGUUCCUUUGAACCUAUGCUGUUUUGGAGCUGGUCACACUUCAAACUGCACAACUCUGUAAAGUAUCCACUUUUUCACGGCAACAAAGAAUUUCUAUGGCAUUAAAACUAGCAAAUUUAUGCCAAUUAUAGCCAUUAAAAUGCCAUUGAAAUAGCGCGAUAAGUGCAUUAGGAAACGUGAGUGCGAUUUGUAACUAGCCAAACAAAGUGCGUCGCCGUCGCGAGUCUGAGUAUCGACAUUAUUUGUAUGCUGUAAAAAAGCCGAGAAUUAUGGAGCAAAUCUCCAGCACGACUAGCCUGGCUGAGCCGCAGCAGCAGGUAGACAAUAAUGAUGAUAACAAUGAUUGCUUAAGCGUGGGCGUAACACAUGAAUUCCAAACUAUAAAGCCGGGCGCUGGCCAAAAGUUGCAACAGCAGCAGCAACAACAACAGCCACAGUUAAAUAAUGGACGUGUUGAAAUGCCGCACAGCGAGCUAGUGAAGAUGCUAUAUUAUUUAGAGGGGGAGCUGCAGGCAAGAGAUGUUUGUAUUGCGGCUUUGCGCAAUGAGCGCGUCAAGCAGCUGAUAACGCAGCUGCGAACCAAACGUGUACCGCCGAACGAUCCGUAUGCUUCGCUAUUUCGUGAUAAGAUUGCUUUAAAUGGCAAUCUCAUAUCACGCGAGUCCUCCACACAGGCGGCUCAGGCUGAAAUGGAAGUGCGUCAAAUAAUUGAACAGCAAAUGGAGCAACAAUAUCAAAUGGUUAGCAAACAGCGUGGCACACAUGUGCGCAUGGUGAACAUACUCGCCGAGUCGCGUAUGCGCAUGCAGCAGCUGGAGGAGGAGCGGCGUAAGCAUGAGAGUCAUACGGCCCAAGAUGGUAUUAGCUACAAUUUGGAAUUGGAACGUAAUAAGCUGCGCCAGCAGCUGGAAGCGGAGCAUGCACAGGUGGCCACAAUGGAAAAGGAUCUCAAAAAGCUGCAGGAGACGCUCGAUUAUGAGCGUAAUAGACAAAAGCAAAUUGUUUUAUUGCUCAUAGCAGAGCGCAAAAAGAUAUUAAUGAAGUAUAUAGAAGAGGGCAAACGCUCUGAGGACUUGGCUCAAAUCUUAGCUGAGGAAAAGCAGCGCUCCGAUACCAUAGCCGAGGGCCUGGAGGAGGAAAGCAAAAAGUCGCUGCGCAUGGAAGAGGAGCUGGAGAAGCAAACACAAUCCAUGGACAUUGAGCGCAAAACAUUUCAAGCCAAGCUAGCCAAAGAGGAGCUACGCGUUAAGGAGCUAGAGCAGGAGCUAAGUAAUCUACGCUGCGAAAACGAGACAUUGAGAAAACAACAACAAUUGGGUGGCAGUGCUGCAGCCUUAGCCGCUGCAAGCGCCAAGACGCGUCAGUUUAGCGAGGACGCAUGUGCCACGCCUAUGGUGAACAUUGCCAAAAUAGUGCAGCCAACCGCAACGGUUACCAGCAUGCCGGUGUCGGGGCCACAAACAGGCAUAGCACGCUCCAUAGUGCCAGGCCAGAAUAUACGUACUAGCGCCGCAAUUGUGGGCAUUGCCACCGCUCCAACUGGCACGGCAACUGCGCCCGUCGUUGCCGCAACCUUGUCGGCCAUAACUCACGCUAGCAGUAGUGUAGCCAGCUCCAGUGAAGCGGGCGCUGCAGCUGCUGCUGCUGCUACACCACCCACACCCUCGCCGGCCAAGAUGCAGCCGACAGCCACCAUACAACGUGCUCCAGGUGGCAAGUAUGCAGCUUUAGCUGCAGCUGCUGCAUUGGAUCAAACUACAGCACCACCGCAUCCACAUCCAGUACCCAUUGCAGUGCCACCGGUUACUGUGCCGCCAGCUGGUGCUCGCGGUGCACCACCACCCAUACCAACCAAGCCAAUUGUACCGCCCAAACGGGAGCCAUCAUUGUCGCGUCUAGGCUCCAUAACAAGCGGCAGUGCAGCGGCCAGUGCAAUUGCUGCUGCCACAGCUGCGGUUGCUGCCACUGCUACAGCCACAACAACAACAACAGCAGCAGCAGCAGUCUCAUCCACAAGUGCUGUGGCAGCAGCUUCAGCGACUACGGCAAAGCAUAAUUAGAAAACAAACUAAAUGCAUACAUAUUCCUCCCACUCACACACACACACACACACACACACACACACACACACAAAUAGAGCAUAAGCGUUAAUACUCAUAAUCCAAUGUAGCAGGCAUACUGGCUAGGAAAAUCUGGAAUUUCCAUUGGAUGCCAACAUUUUAUACAUAUAUACACUAAACCUAUAUACGAACAUAUUCGCAUUAUACGUAGUUCCCGAAUAACACUAUGCAACAGAUAUUUAAAUUCUUAAGCAGCUUUUGUUCUUGCUUUUUUAACAAUAAUUAUUUUUACACAAUUAUUUUACAUACUUUUGAUUGUCCAAUUUUGUAUUACAUUUAAG